AUGUAUAACACAAAUUCGGAAGGUGAUAGUUCUAAACACAACACUGGUAGACACACGUUCCAAUUACCUUCUUUACCUCCAUGGAAGACACCGCAGUAUAGAAAGCUAAAAGAAAGUGGUAGCAGCACCCUAUCUACUCCAUUGAACAGGGUCGAUAAAAAAAUUACUCGGAAAGGUUAUAACUUAGAAUCAGAUAUGAAUAAUGAACUAGGUAUUGAAAUAGAUGGCUCCAAUCAGGAACACCAGAGCCAGAAAAAUAGAAGAUAUAUCAACAGUUCAGGCUUUGGAAUAUCAAAUAACAGUGAAGCAAAUUCAACUGAAUAUGACUUUCAAACGUUUUCUUUAAAGUUUCAAUUACAAGAAACAAAAAAAAACAAUAUACUGCGAUCAGAAAGAGCUGCGCACUGCUUGGUCUUUCACAAGUCUGCACAUAAUUAUAACAAAAACGAAUAUCGACCUGAUUUAUAUUUUGAUUGUGGAGAAAAUCUAGAUAAAUCAUCAAACCUAUUGCACAUGAAAUCAUCUCAAGAAACAUAUGACGAAAGCAACGCUCUUUUACUUGAAUCCUUACCAGGAUAUACUAAUUCCGAGAUAAAGAAAGGUUCGAUUAAGAAGCUGUCACUGGAGAGACCCAAUGUACGAAGGAUCGAAGAAAUUUUAAAUCAUGAAACCAAUGCGCUAAACAAAUUUUGGGAUAAUUCUCAAUUAACAGAGUCAUUUGAAAGGAAUCAAUUGCACGAGCAUUAUUUAAUUUUAAAACAAGAACAAGAAGAGCUCAAAAAAAUCAAGGAAGAUAUAACUAAAAAAAUGAACCCGACUCAGGAGUCUUGGUUACGAAAAAUUGUCUCUCAAAAAUAA